AUGUACAAUAAUUCAUCUACAUUAUUAACCUCACCAGAAUUUCAAUAUGAAAUCAGACGAUAUCUAGCAAAUCUCAAUUAUAUUCUUUCAUUUGUUCAGGCAUUUAUUGUUUUAUUUGGAGUAAUUGGAAAUCUUCUUGCAUUAGUUAUUAUUAAUAGAAGAUCAUUAAGAAAUACAUCAUCGAGUGUAUUUAUAACAUAUUUGGCAAUAUUUGAUAGCGGUGUUCUACUGUUGCAUGGCGCUCAUUUAGCAGGAUUGAAUCGAAAUUCUUUUAUUUAUUGUUCAUUAACUUAUCUUACAAAUUUAGCAACAUUUUGCGCUAAUUGGAUUCUUGUUAUUAUAACAUUAGAACGUUGUGUUGCUGUUUAUUCACCAUUUCUUUCUAAACGUCUUUGUACCGUAAAUUCAGCUCGUCGCUCAAUCUAUAUCUUCUUAACGAUUUCAAUCAUAUUAUUUUCCAUAGAAUUUCCAUUUAUUUAUGAUAUCAAACAGGCCUCUAGAACUAAAAAAUGUGUUAUACGUUCAUAUUUUGUAUUAAUUCUUCGUAUAUAUCAAGCAGUAUUAUUUUAUGCUAUACCAGAUUUACUUCUUCUAUCAAAUUUAUUUACUGUUUAUGCAUUAUGUCGACGAACAAAACGAAUUUCAUCAGCUUGUUUAAAAGAUGAACAACAAUUACAGAUGCGUAUAAGUGAUGUAAAUUCAGGUCGUAAACAACGACAAUUAACAAUUAUGCUUGUUACAGUUAGUUUAUCAUUUUAUUUAUUUACAACACCAGCCAUGAUUUUGUUUAUAAGUGAAUAUCAUCCAGUAAAACAUAAUGAUAUAAAUAAACUAAAACAAAAUAUUUUAAUUUCACAAAUGUCUGUUAUAUUAUUACAAUUAAAUAAUGCAACAAAUUUUAUAUUUUAUUGUUUUGCUGGUCAACGUUUUCGUCAAGCAACCGUACAAGCAUUUUAUGAGUAUUUAGAACGAUUAAACAUUUUUUAUCAUCGAUAUAUUUUAUGCAAUAAACAAUAUCAUCCCAUACAUUUGUAUCAAAAUCGUUUAAAUACUUUUAGACCAGCAACAGCAACAACACUUGGUAGUACAUAUUCUCGAUCUUGUAAUCAAUCUCAUUGUAAAACAUCGUCGAUAUGA